AUGGCAUCAGGAACGAUCGUUGAUGGUGCCAACGGGUCGCGGAAGUAUCCAUUCGACAUAUCGCGUUUCUUCGUCGUAUGUAUGAACAGCCUAGGGAGCCCCUACGGCAGCGCAAGCCCAGUCACGGCCAAAGACGGCGACGCCUCACUGGGACAGUACGGACCCGAGUUCCCGCUGACAACAGUGAGAGACGAUGUCAACAUCUUCAAGCUUAUCUUGGACGACCUCGGGGUGAAGCAGAUCGCUGCCGUAAUAGGAGGAUCAAUGGGCGGCAUGCUUGUGCUUGAAUUCGCCUACUUUGGGAAAGACUACGUCAAGACCAUUAUACCGAUUGCCACAUCAGCUCGCUACAGCGCAUGGGGUAUCAGCUGGGGUGAGGCGCAAAGGCAGAGCAUCUACAGUGAUCCCAAAUAUGAUGAUGGCUACUACUCAUACGAUGACCCUCCUUCGACCGGCCUUGGAGCGGCGCGAAUGUCUGCUCUCCUGACAUACCGAAGCCGUGAUUCGUUCGAGUCGAGGUUUGGGCGCAAUACACCUGACACCUCCAAGAAGCAGAGCAUCAAUACCAUAGCACGGUCGACGACUCCAACGAACCCCUCACACGAGCAUUGGGCGAUACACAACGAUGGGCACAAGAACGCCAGAUCACCCCGGCUCAUGUCCAGAACGAAUAGCAGUACUGCCAUACCAGGUACGACCGCAGCGCAUGCUGAUCUUGAAUUCCACGAUGCUUCCAAUCCGGCUACACCGCCCCUGCAAAGGACCAACUCAACGAGUAGCAAUGGCCAAUUCUCGCGCUCUACGAAGCCUCUUGCACCGCACUACUUCUCCGCGCAGUCAUAUCUACGGUACCAGGGCGAGAAGUUCAUCAAGCGAUUCGAUGCCAACUGCUACAUUGCAAUCACACGGAAGCUAGAUACACAUGACAUCUCUCGUUAUCGAUAUCCAGAGGGCGAAACUCCGGAGACUCUAGAUCAAGUAUCAGCUCUUCACCAUGCUCUUUCUUUGAUUGAACAACCCACACUCGUACUAGGUAUACAGUCAGACGGUUUGUUCACAUUUGCUGAACAGCAAGAGUUGGCUGCGCAUAUCCCUCACGCUACGCUGAAGACCAUCGACUCCCCUGACGGCCACGAUGCCUUUUUGUUAGAGUUCGAGCAAGUAAACAAACAUCUGGUCGGCUUCUUGAAUACCGAGCUUCCCGAGAUCAUAAACAGAACACCCAGUAUAGACACAACGGUGACCCAUUCUGGCAUGGCAGCUACCAAGACCAGCACCUUUGGUGAGGCUGAGGUCGACGACAUCACUGCGUGGUAG